AUGGCCAACUCACAGCGGGGACUCGGCCUCAACCUCGGCGUGCCCGCCGGGGCGCCGAAGAACGCCAACCCGCAGCUGACAGUGCCCUCCGCAAUCGGUGUGACCCCUGCAUCCCCGACAGAACCGGCUGGUCCAUCGUCCACAGCGGGUCCGAGCAAGACUUCGCCCCGCCAAGGUCUGCAACCCUUACAGACGCAAUUCGACUCGGACCAUUAUGACCAACGAGGGCAUUCUAUUCCCCCGCCGCCCAGCCCUCGACGGCACAGAGUGAACCGUGUUAGAGGUGGAACCGGCGGCGGAAUAUCGACAAGCAAGUCCUGGGCCGAUCUGACGGCCAUGGGAAUGGCGAUCGGUUCGUCGCGAUCACCGAGCGUUAAAGAAGACCGCCGUGCGGUGAGCGAGCACCAUCGUGUCUUCUCACAUGGAGAUCUCACGGACGAGCCUUGGGAUGAAGCUCCGUACGACAACAGCACCUGCCCUACCUUCCCCAACUCAACCUCUCUUGCCGCCACUCCCGAGCACGACAUUGCUGAUCCAAUGGCGGCGGCUUCUGUGCCUCCACAGCACAUGGUUAUCCUGACGCCGACGACACAGGAGUGGAGAGAGCUGAAGGAGAUGGGAAGGCUGGGUGGCAAGGAGAUUGAAGACUCUCACGACAGCGACAGCUCAAGUUCGAGUGCGCCGUCACCGUCAACCGAGGCGCCGCAACGAACACCGCCGGAAACAGACGGAUCUCCUCAGCUGCGUCCAGUGUUUUCGUCGAUCGUCAUUGCGCCUAGCCCGGCUCAGCCCCAGCGUUCCCCGAAACCUGAAGAGGGCAUGAAGGGGGCUUGGGUUAACCUGGACAAGAGCACGGACCUCACCAGCACGGCCAGCAACCAUGGCGGGCUGUUAACUCCUGACGACGAUGACGAUAUUACGCUGGCUGUGCAGCCUACGACAGUGCGACGGUUCAACAGCAUCGGCCGAAGAGACUCUCUAGUUGACGUGCAGCGUCCCGCUGCGAUCAACAUUCCUCGUACGAAAACGAAGCGCGAAAUCGAGCGCGAGCGUCUGCUGCGCUUAGUGGACGAGGAGAUUGCAGGCUCGCCACCGUCAGAGCCUAAGGGUCAUUCAUGGGGCGUGCAAGAAAUAGGAACUGGUGGCGGUUUGUCGCGCGCCGACUCGCGGGGGUCCCAGCGUUCUCGCCGAAGCUUGGACAGCCCUGGGCUCGCAGAGGUUCCGCCCGAGCAGCAACCGCCCAGCGAGAUCGAACAAAUUUCACAGCCUCUUCUUCCUCCAGCCUCAUGUUACCAGAGCGACACACUGCCGACGAAGCCGUCUCCGCUCCACGCCGAUCCAGUCACACGGUCGGCCAUUGCCACCCCGUUAUCUGCCACGACUCCACAAGGUACCGCGUCACCCGCUACAUCCGAUGAGUCGCCGCCGCUGAGCAGUGCUCCUCCCGAGACUGAGCAAGAACGCUUCGAGUCCAUUCGGAACUACUCGCGGUCUUUCUCGACGCGUAAAUCGCUGAGCCGACCUGCAAGCGCCGCUCCCUCCCGACGCAACUCGGCAGAGCACUCGCCUCCUCGCUCUCCUCGGCGCCGCGAGCGGGACACUCCACGGGUUUCGCUUGUUGCCGGUCGCAUCGUCCGACCAUUGGCAUUCCCUCCUCUAACGCCGAUGACGCAGGUCUCGAGUGUGGACUCUAAAGAUUCGAAAGACGGCGGCGAACAGGGUGAGGCUGCCAGGGAAGUCAAGGAGGACACAAGCAACGCCUCCAAGUCUCCGCCCGUGCGCCAGGGCACUUUGUCGAGUUUCUCUGCCUUCCGCUCGCCCGCGCCCGGACACCACUCCAGUGCAUUCCCUCCGAUACCAAGAUUCGACAGCUUCACGUCCAACGUUAGUCACGCCUCUAGCAUCGGCGCCCCGAGCUCGACUGGAUCGCCUCACAGCGAGGUCGUGGGAGCCGGGGGCCACGGCAUCGAUGACUAUGUCAUACUCAAGGAGGCCGGAAAGGGAGCGUACGGUCUCGUCAUGCGUGCCAAGGUGAAGGGCAGCAAUGGACAGCCGGUCGGCGACGAGCUCAUCAUCAAGUACGUCAUCAAGUCGCGAAUCCUGGCCGACUGCUGGAAGAAGCACAAGCAGCUCGGACCGAUUCCGGUAGAAAUCCACGUGAUGGACCAGCUCCGGCAUCUCAUCUACCACCCGCCGAUCGAGCCUCACCCGUGGGACCCGCACCGCACGGCCUCAAACAAAGGCAGCCAAGAACAGUUGGCCUCGAAUGGUGACCCGGAAAGACCCGCGACCCCAUUGCGCUCCGACAGCGCGAGCUCGAACCCGACCCAGCGUUACAUCUCGGGGGAGAUGAAACAGUCUCCCGAGAGGGGCCACCCCAACGUGUGCAAGCUGCUGGACUUCUUCGAGGACCGCGAGUUCUACUAUCUCGUGAUGCCCCGGUACGGUACCGGCGUCGACCUUUUCGACUACGUGGAGUCGCAUCCCUCGGGUUUGCCGGCAUUCGAAGUGCGCUCCUUCAUCGGGCAACUGACGGAUGCCGUGCGCUUCCUGCACGCGAACGGCAUUGUGCACCGCGACAUCAAGGACGAGAACGUGAUCCUGGACGGAACCGGCAAGUGCCAGCUGAUCGACUUUGGCAGCGCUGCGCAUUGGCGCCCAGGCAAGCGCUGGGACACCUUCAGCGGAACGCUGCAUUACGCCUCGCCGGAGAUCCUGCGUGGCGAGAUGUACGGCGGCAAGGAGCAGGACGUGUGGGCGCUCGGCACGGUGGCAUACGUGCUGCUCGUGGGCGAGACGCCGUUCACGGAGCUGCCGGAUGAGGUCUUCGAGGGUCUUGUGCCCGGAAGCGGGGCACAGGCUGGUCUCGAUGCCAGAUGCGGCGGAGAGCACGCAAAGGAGGGUCUCGAGGCGGAUGGAGGCGGCUCGCUCGAGGACGCAGCCGACUUUGUCCGCUGCUGUCUCGCACAGGAUCUCGUCAACCGACCCACAGCCGAGCAACUCCUGAAGCAUCGCUACCUCGCCGGCGCAGGGGGAUGGACCGGCUUCCGCGGCUGGAUGGGCAAGAGCCCCACCGCGCCGGCAUCUUCUGCUGUGCCCGCCAUUCCGGUGCCGAGCGUGAAGGUGGACGGCACGAAGGCGUGA